ACUGUGGGAGGAAGCCAGAGUACCCGGUGAGAACCCACACGUGCACGGGGAGAACAUGCAAACUCCAUACAGAAAGACCACUGCUGGGAAUUGAACCCAGGCUGCAAUAUAGUGUGUUGUUACAAAAAACAAGGUGAAACAGAGAAGGAAGAAGUUGUGUACAAGUCUUUUUGGGAUGGUUUGCAUUGUAAGCAAAACAGUUUUUUUUCAGGGCAAGAGUUAAGGGUAUCUAUUGGUUUGUAUGUUGAUGACUUUGAGGUCUGUAACCCCCUUGGCACCUCCCGUAAAACCCAGACUUUGUGGAGUGUAUUUGGUGCUGAGUAACCAGCCGCCAGGAUCUCAUUCAUCUUUGUCCUCGAUUUACUUGGCUGUUCUUUGCAAAACGGAUCAUGUGAAGUUAUAUGGUUAUGAUAAGGUUUUAGAGCCACUCACACGUGAUCUAAAGGCGUUGGAAGUUGAUAGAAUUUUUGUCCCACAAAAAACGGCUUGCGCAUUGCAAGACCUUAAUGUUCAACUAAUAUUACACUAAGUCAGUAAUCCUUCAAAGACACAGGCUCCUCAUUGAACAUGUGAGAUUUUGAUGGUUAUGUAUUCCUCUGGAACAAAACAUGAUUGACUUAACAUUCAUUUUUUUUCUGACAGACGAUGAACACUACGAUGUCCUCAGCAGUCCUCAGAAUGAUCCUGGGGCCAGACAGCUGCCAAAGGGUGGUGUUUCCUACUGGCCUUCCUACAACUGUGCCUGAACUGCAGAGUGAGAUAAAAACUAAUUGCAAACUUUCUGAACCAUUUCGUCUGCAGUUCAUGGACACGCUUUUUGACAAUUCGUUUAUGAACUUAACUUCCAUGGACAAAAUAGAAGACAAAGCUACUGUCAAGGUGAUAUACACAACCUGCGAAGCUCAAGAUGCUGGUGCUCUCAGUUUUCCGUGUUCAGCCAUCACUCCUCCUCGUGACAUGAUAUCUGAUUCUGGUGGCUCUAUUCCCACAUCAAAGUCCACUUCUUCACGGACUUUGUGGCCUGAUACAUUCAUUGUACCUCGUUUUUUGUAUGAUGCAGAGUUGAAGCUUGAAAAGGCACAUGAGGCUCUCAGAAAAAAUGGGACUUUGCUGAUCCCCGAUCCAAAGCUGAAAUCAGAUGUACUACAGGGGUUGAUACAGGAGGUAGUCAAACAUAAAGUGUAUCUCACCGACCAGGAGUUCGAUCAGGUUGCAGAAGCCCUCAUCAUGAGGCAUCCAUGUUUGGAGGAAAGGGGCUCAAACACUGGCUAUGGUGGAUGGAAAACCAGCCUCAAGUACAAGUUGUCAAACUACUGCACACACCUCCGAAAAAUGGGUUGUCCUGAAGUAUGUAUAAAUGCCCUGAAGUGUAAACCAGAUGGAAAGCGUUCUCCUGCCUUUAAUGUAAAGAAACCAAAGAGGGGUGAGGUGGCAUAUUGCCCAUCAUUUCCACUUGGAGAAAGCCACCAGUCCUUGGAGAAGAUGAGGGUUGAACUCCUAUUAGAUCUCAAGAGACAAAAUAAUCAACAGACAGUAAGGGAUAAAAUGGAUAAAUCCUUUGCAUUAAGACAGCAAGAAAUACUCUGUGAUGCUCCAAUUAUCAGUGAUCUACAAGAGAGAUGGCCUGCUCUCUUUGAUGCAAAGGAGAUUAACGCAGAAUUUAAGAGGAUCACAACUAUGCAGCUACAGUCAAUGUUUCUCUCACAACUUGACAUGGACUCUGCGAUUCUCCUGGGGGUGUUUGAGAAGCAGAAGGGGCAGCGAGGCAAAGAAUUAGAGGACAUGGCUACCAGAAUGACAGAUGACAUUGAUACUGCCAGGGAGAGUAUCAUAAGAGGACUCUGCAUUUUCCUCAACAAGGACCCUGAUGACCUUGUCCAGGAGUACAUGGACAUGACUGAGGCUACUACACUAAGUGCCAUAGAAGCAACAACUGUUGGAAUCUACAUAUCUAGAGGAACUCCCAACGGUGACAAUAAUGAUGUCGGAGUUGUUAUUGAAGGUGUGGUUGUGCUUCGCGAUCUUGACAAUGUGGCCCUUGCAUCUGCAAUGCUGUUUGGUCUUUGUUACUGCUAAAAUUUGAGGUACCCACAAAAUCUUCCUUACACCUUUGAGGUUUUUCAAAAAAUAAUAAUGGAGUUGGAUGCAGCCCAACUUUCAAAAAAGGUGCAAAGCCUGAAAGCUAAAAUGCAUCAGUAAUGACCAAUCCCUGUUUUUGAAAAACUUUGAAAAAACUGAUGUGGCUUGUUCUCUUCCACCAGUAUUUGUUAAGCAAAGAUGACUGCAACAGUUAGCCAAUAGAGUAAGUGUUAAUGUCUUAGUGUAUUAUUUAUUUCAAGUUGACAUUCAUUCACAUGUUCAUUUCAUGUUACUUAUUGUCAGUGGGAAACCUGACUACCAGUUUUGCUGGACAUUCGGUGCAAUGUGUGCAUCAAACUCAAUUUAUAAUAUAAUGCUGUUCUAUAAUGGAUGUAAAAUGUGCCAUUUUGAAUGUUCUUCCAGGUUAUAAAAUAAAAUGUUGUGUGGGGAGGGAGGGGCGGGGGAUCAGAUACCAGUUUUGUUGUACAUUUUGGAGCAAUGUGUGCAUCAAUACAUGAUUUAUAAUGUAUUGCUGUGCCAGUUUGACUGUUCUUCCAGGUUAUGGAAUAAAAUGACUGCACCAAUGAGCCAAUGCAAUAAUUGUUAAUGAGCGAUUGCAUUUAAAAACAAACUGACAUUUCAUGUGUGUUGAGGUCCAGAUACCAGUUUUAUUGUACGUUUUGGUGCAAUUUAUUUUCAUCAAUACACCCUUUAUAAUGGUUGUAAAAUGUGCCAUUUUAACUUUUUCCAAGACAUUGAAUAAAAGCUUUUAUUGUUUCAAACUUCUUUCUAAAUGUCAACUUAUUUGGUGGGGAGAAAGUGGGUAACAGGAUGUUGAAAAUAGAAUUAACUAUAUGUACAUUUAAAAUCUGUUUUUGAUUUAGAAUAACGUGUUUUUGAAAUUUUUAAUGAUAUUAAAGUAAUAACGUUAUCAAGGUGUCAUUAGAAUAUAAAAUUAAUGCUGAAUUUAAGUAAUCAAAUUGUGUUGUAAUAAAAUGAUUGAGUUGUGUUGAAGUAAAAUGGCAAUGAUUGCAGAACUUAAUUUAUUCAAACAAAUUUUAAUAAUUUUGUAGCAACAUAAAAUACUUGUGUUUACUGAAUAUAACAACGUUGUGUUAAAUGAACACAACAGUGUAGACUGCUGCCAAAGUAAAAACUUUGUGUGCGACCAAUGUCCACUAUUGCAUUGAGUAAAUCCAAUGCAUUUUUUUUUUCAGUGGGUAAACACCACAUAAAGAUUAUCGUAACUCCAGGUAAGUCACAUCUGUUUUAUGUAUUUGUUUCGUCUUUUGUGAGACAAGUUGCACAGGAGAA